AAUUCUAUCAUUUUUUUUGUUGGAGUAACUAAUUUCUUCUUGAAUAAUUGAAAACGCAAAACAAUGGAAUGCAAAUUUACUGAAUAAUUGGCUUCAAGAUGGAAGUUUCAAUUUCAAUCCCAACAACAGGAUCUGAUUAUGCUUCCAUUUCCCCGACGCUCUGCAUCCACCAUUAACACACCUUCUAGUUUUGCUUCUCGUUUAGCUCGUCAUCUUCUGCAUUCCAAUCCGUUUUCCUCCACCAGCUUCCCCAAUCUCUCUACCCUUUUACAGGGCCGAAUUUCUUGCUCUCAUGUCCUUCAAAUCCAUGCCCAAGUGUGCAGGCGUAAUGCCCACCAAGACAACUUGAUCGCCACUCGUCUCAUCGGCCACUACCCAUCUCAUCGUGCUCUCGCCGUAUUCAGUCAUCUGGAAAGUCCCAACAUUUUCCCCUUUAACGCCAUUAUCAGAGUCUUGGCUGAAGCUGGUCUAGUCUCUAACUCUUUUCUUCUCUUCAAAAAGCUCAAGCAGAGCUCGCUUUCCCCUAAUGAUUUCACCUUUUCCUUCCUCUUGAAGGCGUGUUUACGAUCCGGUUAUGCUCGGUGGGUUAAACAAGUUCAUGUCCAGAUCGUGAAACUGGGUUAUCUCGGUCAUUCCGCUGUUUGUAACAGUCUCCUUGUGGCUUACUCGAAGGUUGACGAAGAAUUGGAUUCUGCACGUAAGGUGUUCGAUGAAAUUCCCGAGAAGGAUUUUGUUCCUUGUUGGACUUCUUUGAUUGCAGGUUAUGCUCAAGCAGGUCGAGCCGGGGAAGUUUUGCAGCUUUUCUGUAAAAUGGUGGAGGAGAAUUUGUCGCCGGAGGAUGAUACAAUGGUGAGUGUUUUGUCUGCUUGCUCCACCCUUGACAUGGUUCAAUUUGAGAGAUGGGUGCGAGUCAUGCAUGAGGUUUUCCUCGAGAAUUUUGAUUCUGACAAACUGGUACGUGGUUCCAUUAAUACUGUUCUUGUUUAUUUGUAUGGUAAAUUGGGGAAGGUUGAGAAGAGUAGGGAAAUAUUUGAUGAGAUUGAUAAUAUUGGAAAAGGAAGUGUUCUUCCUUGGAAUGCUAUGAUCGGUACUUAUGUUCAAAAUGGCUGCCCUGUGGAAGCUCUGAAUCUUUUCCGCUUAAUGGUGGGAGAUUCUGAUCAUAGACCAAACCAUGUCACCAUGGUCAGUGUGCUUUCAGCUUGUGGGCAAGUUGGUGAUUUAGAACUUGGAAUGUGGGUUCAUGACUACCUAAAAUCCAGAGGACGCAGAGGAGUUCUACAUACUAACACAUUUCUUGCCACUGCUUUGAUUGAUAUGUAUUUCAAAUGUGGGAGUCUUGAGAGAGCCAGAGAGGUUUUCAAUAAGAUGAAAUCGAAAGAUGUUGUUGCAUUCAAUGCCAUGAUAAUGGGUCUUGCAGCAAAUGGUGAGGGCAGAGAGGCAAACAGAAUUUUCUGUGAAAUGAAAGAACUUGGUUUACAUCCCAAUGCAGGAACAUUCCUUGGUCUGUUAUGUGCUUGCAAUCACGCUGGUUUACCAGAUGAGGGAAGACAAAUAUUCAGAGACAUGAAUUUGUCUUUUUCAAUAUCUCCUGAAUUGGAACACUAUGCCUGCUACAUCGAUCUUCUUGCUCGAGUUGGGCUCAUUGAAGAAGCUCUCGAGGUGGUUGGUUCUAUGCCAUUUGAGCCUAACAACUAUGUCUGGGGCGCAUUGCUUGGAGGUUGUUUGCUUCAUUCGAGGCUAGACUUAGCGCGGAACAUUUAUGGAAGACUUGUCGAAAUGGAUCCUAGAAAUUCUGGAGGAUAUGUGAUGUUGGCUAAUGCAUUUGCAGUGGAUCAGCAAUGGACUGAGGUGUCUGUAUUAAGGUGGGUAAUGAGGCAGAAGGGAGUUAAGAAGCAGCCUGGUCAGAGUUGGAUCACCAUUGAUGGAUUUGUACAUGAAUUUCUUGUGGGUUCUCCAGCAAAUCCACAAAUUGAAGGCAUAUCUACCACAUUGAGUGGUUUGAUGAAUGUAAUGAGGGUCCCUGUAUUUAAAUGA